GAAAAUCGAUUGCAGGAGAACUGCAAAAGGAUUGAGAUAAUCGUGCAAAAAUACAAAGCACUUGGAGCAUCGGAAAUAGAUGAAGUCAAAAAUGAACGAUACGAUUUUCGAUUUUGCGCUUGCGACAAUGAAACUGCGGAACCGGAAAAAAGUAGCUGUUGUAGCUGUUCGACAGUUGUUAGCGGUCAGACAACGCAUAAUUCGAUACCGCAAGCACUGUAUUCUUCUAGCUGCAUUCAUAAUCCUCAGUACAACAAAUGUCUUGUCGCCCAAAAUGUGCUGUACAUAGAAAUUAGGAUUGGCCAGCAUCAUUUGACAUAUCCGCCGUACCAGUCAAUUACAAAUUCCAGAUUCAAAAACACCGCUUUGUUGUCAUGCUCCAAGGAUACCAACUGCCAGAACUGUAUUCCCUGCAAAAGUGGAUUCAUCCAGCUCAACUACAUCAGUUUGUCCAGUGUCUCAUUAACUGAUUCAAAGCAGCCAUACUUGUCAGCUAUUAGGCCACUCGACAAAACGGAACGAUGGCCAGCCAAAUCAUCAAGAAAACUGUCCUUCACAGAAAUAAACAUAGAGGAUUUUGAUAAUAUUGCAAAGAUCAAGAAACGCUUACUACAAAGCGCCAUAAAGCAUCAUUUACUACCUUCGCAGUUCAAUAUUGCAAUCUACAAGGAUGCUCUCGUUACUCGGCACAAUGUUUACCGUAGCAAACAUGGUGUCGGUUCGCUUGAAGCCAACAGUAAACUUGAACGGAUAGCUGAAGUGUGGGCACAAAAUUUAGCUAGCAAAGCGGAUUGUUUGAUACACGACCCAUCAAAAAGGUAUGGAGAAAACUUAUACUACUACGCGGCGAAUUUAUUGCCAGACGAAGAAACUAUGGCACUAUUGACUGUACAAAGCUUCUAUCUUGAAGCGCAUGGAUAUAAUUAUAAAACGCAUCAUUACUUGGAUUACCAACGCACUGGACACUUUACUCAACUUGUAUGGAAGUCCACAAAACAAAUGGGUGUUGGCGUGGCAAUGCGACACUUCAAAGGACGUCCCGCUAACAGUUGUCAGCCCGAUUUCCCAUCUACAAUGAUUUAUGUUGUUGUUAAGUAUGACCCGCCCGGAAAUGUACUUGACAAGGAAAAUUACGACAACAAUGUUCUGCCACCCAUACAGUAA